GUCGAGGCUGACGUCACACUGGCGGUGUACAACCUGAACGACACGUCAGCACUAACCAAUGACCAAUCGCCGGAGUUUCGGAAGCUGGCCACGCCCUUUUGCAGUGACGUAGACGCCAUCCUGACGAGCAAGACUACUAGUUGGCUGGCACAUCGCUACCUGUCGUGCAGAGUUACUGGCUUCCAUAAACACCAAACGGAACAGGAUACGGUGUCCUUCACCCUGCUGUUCGGCGGCCUUGACACUCGUCCCCUGCAGCAGGGUCUCAUUUAUAUCCUGAUGACCGGUGCGCGGUCCCUGGUGUGGUACGGCCAGCCGCUGAAGAUGAUUGGCCCUCUGGUCGUGUCGCCCUAUCACGUGACUUCCGAUCUGAGGCCAGUCAACAGGACCGAGCGACCUGCCAAUGUGACCUACUUCUCAGUGACUCUACCUGUCUUUAAUCUGACCUUGACCCCCGCAUUGAGUGACCCUCGCUCAGCCUUGUUCAUGAACAUCUCGUCGCAGUUCUGCGGAGACAUGUCUCGGUUUUACCGGCAGACUUCCCUCAGCAAUCUGUUCCUCAAUUGCACAGUACUCGGGUUCAGACCAAAGCCGACGAGAAUAGAUUUCCGCAUUGGUUUCCUAGGCGACGGGUGGCCAGGUAUUGAUGAGAGCCCACGGAUGGUCAUAGAAAGCUUUGCCCCUAGCAUGUAUUACUGGCUUUGGCACCUGUACAAGGUCGGGGCUCUCCAAGUCAUCCUGGAUCAGCUCACAGCUAACGGCCUGGAACUGCACACGUCACUACAGGUCGUGAACUUAACCUACAGUUCUGCACUCGGUGACCCUGGCAGCGCUGUUUCUCUCCACCACUCCGUGUUGUUUUGUAGAGAUGUGGAGAAGUUUUAUCUGCAAAGUUCGUACGCGGGUCGGUUUCACGGAUGCGGUGUGAAGUCUUUCACACCAGACCCUGUCAUGGUCCACUUCUUCCUGACAUUCAAGGGCACAAACCUCAACAGUUUGACCUCCUCACAUCUUGAAGUCAUCCGAGGCUUUGCGGACAAGGUAUCGUGGGCCGGGUGGCUCGCCUACCGUGUGGGGGAGCUUCUAGUAUUGCCAGAGGAACAGCUGCACUCCCUCUACCCGACUAACAUCAGCAUCGCCCCGACACCUACAUUCUCGCCAACAUCGCCCUCGACAUCAACUACUUCAGCUGCAGACGCAGCAAAGGCUGUCAUCAGAGGCGACCUCUACAGGCUGCAACAUUCUGUGGACCUGCUGAAUCCUGACAGCCAGACUUUCCGACAGUUGCAACAUCACUUCUGUCAUGAUGUUGAUCGUGUGUAUCUCUCCAGUAUUUUAUUCCUCACAUACCGCGGCUGUGAAAUUCGGUCUUUCAGCUUUUUUCCAGAUCAAGUCGUGUUCCAUCUUUACUUUGACACUCGGCUGUCCGAUGACCUCAAGCAUGCAAUUGUUUACGUCCUUGACACCGACUCGCCGAAGGUGAACCUGACGGAGUCCACGACCCAGAGGAUGGAGGUUCUGCACCUGGGGGACCUGUACCUCAAAUGGCGCCUCAUCAACCUCGACCCGCACGACGGGAUGUUCCCCACGCCCCUACCCACCCUGUCCCCCUCCUCCACAUCAACCACUACACUCAUGUCGUCGCUAGUGACGUCAGUGACGUCAGGCUUGCCCGACACCACCCCCGCGCCCUCUACACCUGUGCCAGAGAAAGGUCAAGUGCCUCUCACCUACCUGCUGUACAACUUUACCUAUGUACCCGACCUGGACAAUCCCACAUCUGACUUGUUUGAGACACUCGAGCGUCGCCUGUGUCUGGAGGUGCAAGAGAUUUUCAAAGCUUCACAGGUUUUCUACCUGCUGUAUGCUGGAUGCUCGAUUGAAAAGUUUGGGUCUGGCACUCCCUACAUCAAGUUCAAUCUGUCGUUCUACACAAAGCCCUCUGACCUCCUGAGACAAACAGCCGUCAACACACUAGAAGGGUCACGUGAUCAUGUCAACAUCGAGGUGGGCAACACACACAUGCACGAGAUCCUCCCCCUAGGCGGACUCUUGCUCAUUCUGAACAUCCGGGAAGUGACGUCAUCGCACGUGCUACCGACAGUGGCGCCAUCAUAUCUCACCUCAUCUCUGGAAGCCUCGUCUCCGGCAGUCACCUUAGUUCCAGAUGGCGUUGUUGUCAGUCUGUACUACGAGACCUACAGGAUGAACUACACCGUGGACCUGGCGCACGUGGAGUCCGCGCGCUUCCUGCAGCAUCACCAGCGAGUGUGUGCAGAUCUUGACCGGUGGUUUGGAGGGGGAGACAGUCAGUUCUACCUCACAUACCACGGGUGUCGACUCACCUUUUUCACCUCGAGGCCAGAGGGCGUGGCCUUCGCGGUGACCCUGCACAUGCCCAUGGUGCCAAGUCUCGGAAGACAUGUCCAGGCCUGGCUGGAGCUCAAAGCACCCCGCAGGUUUAUCUCGGGUUACAUUCUACUCCAGGUGGGCGACUUGCUUCUCAUCAUCGACCGAAGCCGAGUCACCGUGACCUCCACUGUUCUGCCGGCCAUCUCCUCCACACCCUUCACACUGUCGUCCGGGUGGUCCUCGGGUGCUUCACUGACGAUCUCCCCUACCCCCGAGCCAAGUCCGACAUCUUCUCUCUGGCCCUCCAGCUCCGCUCCGUCGAACCUGGUGACGUACAUAGUCUUCCGAUUCUCUCUGGCCGACUUCGAGUUCACCCCUGACCUCAAGCUCAACUACUCAACACGAUAUCGCUUUCUCGAGGACCACUUUUGUCGAGAGGUGGAGAGGAUGUACCGGGACACAGUGUACGGAGCAUGGUACAAAGGCUGCUCCAUCAACCAGUUCAUCGAGCCGACCGACCAAUCAUAUCCGCCAAAGGUGACCUUCACCUUCGAGUGGGAGGUGCCCAAGUCGCUGGAGCGGGAAAUCCCGGGGUACGCCACCACCGUGCUGAUGGAGAAGCCUGACCGGGUAGAGGUGGACGGGUACAAAACACUCCGGGUGGGGACACUCUACCUCAUUGUGGACACCCUGGAGGUAGUGGACACCAAUCAGCUGGGCUCCACCUCCACUCUGCCCUACUUCAGCCUGCGGUCAACGUACACGUCCACCGUGCCGCUGACACUCACACCCUCGCUAACGACGCCAGCAACGCCAGCAACCACAGCUCCUUCAAUAAGCACUGAAACCUCCACAACCACUACUGCGACAACGCCGAAAACAUCAACAACGAUCACAACAACAUCUCCACCAACUACAACAUCAACAACCACCUCUACGACAGCAACCACUACCACACAAUCAACAACUAGAAGUACAACACCAACAACCACCACUACUACCACCCAACAACCACUACUACAACACCGACAACUACGACAACACCAACAACCACUACUACCAUCAACCACUACUACAACACCGACAACCACUAUUACAACACCGACAACAACUACGACAACACCAACAACCACUACUACCACGCCAACAACCACUACUACAACACCGACAACCACCACGACAACACCAACAACCACCACGACAACUCCAACAACCACCACCACAACACCAACAACCACCACGACCACGCCAGCAACCACUACUACAACACCUACAACCACUACUAUGACACCAACAACCACGACCACAAGAACUACCCCAACAACUACCACCACUACGCCAUCUACCACUACAACUGUACCAACGACAGCUGAGCCUUCCUUCUUUCUGAGCAUGUCCUUUGAGGUCAUGAACCUGACCUGGCAUCAGGAACUGAACGACUCCACGUCUGCGGAGUUCCGACAGCACGAGGAGCAGUUCUGUCAAAAGCUGAUACAAAUCCUGCCGAUUAACAAGGACAAGGACUUCAUGCAUUUCAUGAAGUGCAAAAUCGACUCCUUUAGCCUGCAGUUCAGGACACUGGAGGGUCAUGACCCUGUCCGAAUGAAGAGGCUGGUUCUGAGCAACAUCAAAGAGCACGCGCGGCGCACGACCUUCCAAGACCUCGUGGUGCUGCAGAUGGGCGACCUCUUGCUGUCCAUGGACUCCAUCACGUCCACAUCCACGACCAUCCCAACAUCACACCGCCGAGCAACUAUGGUGCGUCCUUCCUACAGUAUUGCCUAUGAGUACGUGUACGGCCUGUACCCGGGCAACUUCAGUGCAGCCCUCCUGGACCACAACUCACAGGAGUUCCGGGUGGCGGCCUGGGAGUUCUGCGGCGGGAUCAGCAGCAUCUUUAGAAACCUGGGGAUCCGGGACAUCAGGGAGAGGUACCAGGGUUGCUACGUCAACGCUUUUGGGUAA